CUCCUGUGGUGGUGUGGGAGUGUGGUGCACGUAUUCAAUCACCUGGACCGUCGAGAUGCCAAGCAGAGAGAGUCGCCGGGCCACCACGCUUCAGGACCUCCAUGUUUUCUGGACCUCCAUGGUUUCUGGACCCAGGAAGGCAACAGCCCUGGCCCCGGUUUCGUUCUGGGACGCUGGCCAAUACGCAUCGGCGGUGGCGAUGACCGGGUGCGCAGUUUGGAUCUCCGCCUCAAGAGUCUCCGCUUCCGUCCUCGCCUCUCCCCCGCCCGUUCACAACCAGCUUCUCUCCGAUCACCCCCAGCUGAAAAUCUUGCAUCGGCACUCUGGCAUCUGCGAACACCGGCCUGCACACCGAUUCUUGUUCAGAGCGUCGAUACGGCAUUCCGACAGCACCGUCAAGGGGCCGUUUCAUACAAUCGGCAACUCUUGCUCGAUAUCCACUGUCUCGUCCAUCACACAACCCGAUCGAAUCGGCUGGCUGGCUGCACCUCUCGCUCCGGCCCUUUCUUGUCCCUCUGGCGUCAUCCUCUCUCCUGUAUCUCCCCCCCCCAACUCCAUGUCUGACCUGCGACAGAUAUCGCCCUGCUUCGGCGAGUCCCACGAGCAGUCUCAGGGCGUGCUGGGCAGCAAGCGGAAGGCCAAUGCGGAGAGUGGUGAGUUAAUGUCAUCGCAACCAACUCUCGACGAUAACAGGCGGCCGCGUCGUUUGCACUGGAAAGUCAGCCUCCCGUUCAUGAACGCAGCAUCGCACAUGCAAAGAAAAAGUCAAGCUCGUCUCUCAACCUAGAUGCAGGCCAGCAGGUCGUCCCAACGCCUCAGGGACCGCCAUGUAACUCGUUCAUCGCUUCGCCGUGGUGUCUACCACUCCCAUCCUCACAGCAG